AUGACGACCGGACUCGCUGUUCUUUCUGCCGCAGUUGCAGCGAUACCUCGAGCAGAGCGGGCUCUUCGAAGAGAGACAUGCUCUUGCCCUUUUCCGACAGCUGCUAGGACCCGAUCCUCUCCACUGCUUUGCGCUUCCGUCGCACGGGGCCUCUUCUCCUUUGCUUCAGGAGCUGUCGACUUCUUGCACCAGAGAAGAAUCGACAUCAAGCCUGACAAUUGCCUCUUGACGGACGGGACAAGAAAGUUGAAACUCACUGACUUCAACAGCGCGAAGGUUAUCGGCCAAGGUGAGGGCAGCGCAGCAAUGCUUAGCGAUCGGGGCACGAAGGACUUUGCAGCACCGGAAUUGCUGUUGGGUGGCCUGUGGAAUGAACGUGUGGACAUCUGGGCAAGCGGACUUUGUCUUUGCUUCAUGCUGCAGGGUUCUCAUCCGUGGAACUCUUUGCAACAAGCGAAAAAAGCUUUUGCGGCUGGAUGCCUUCCACCCGUAGACUGGACAUGUGUGGAACCGAAUACAGCUGACCUUCUUCAGUCUUGCCUAGUGGUCAAUCCCUUCAAUCGUCCACCGGCAAUGAAAAUCUUGAACCAUGGAGCGUUUCAAGGUUCUGGUAUCGAUGUGCCCCCUGCAACCACCCUUCGGCACGAUAUCGAAGAAGGCAGAACAAAGUCAAAGCCACGAAACCUAGCUCAGACAUACGGUGCAUUAUGCAGUCCUGGGCGGCGGGUCAGCUAUCACGGGUACGUCUCGUCGCAAAUGGCCACUUGGCUGGUGCGGGCACUGCUGGGAAUCCACCAAGAGUCCCAAAGGUUGUAUUCCUUGUUCUGGUGGCAAGGCUUGUUGGAGUACAGGCAGCGGACGGUGUUUUCGAACGUCUCACAGUCGAAUGCGGACAAUGUCUGGUCGGCCGGUGACCAGCGCUUACUGUCUUUUACAUCCACGCUCUCCGUGCUGGCUGUGAUGCUUGUUUUCGCACUGAUGACAUCAGUCUUCAUGCAGGAUCACGAGGCUUCUCUCCCGAUUUGCAUGGCCGGCCUUUCAUGGGGCAGUGUGUCUAUGUUUGCAAGCAUGAUGCAGACUGUUGUGUUGCAAAUGUGUGUGCUCCCCAUGUAUGGGGAGAUGCGAAACCGAUCACCAGGCGCCUUCGCGAAGGUCGUUUACUGGGGCUUCGCGGUGCUUUUCAUCGUUUGUGCCAGCUUCGCUCUGCUGGGGUACUUCACCUUCGGCUCUGCAGUGAAAUCGAACGUCCUGCUUUCACUUCCUACAAGCCGUGCCGGCAACUUGGCCCGUCUGUGCGCAGGGGCCAGUGUGGUGGGAGUCUAUCCCAUCAUAUUAAAGCCGAUGAUUGCGACCUUGUAUCGACCAGGAGAAGGGCACGAUGGCUUGACAACCCAUUGGGCCACAGGCUCUGUGGUCGCAGGUGUGAUGAUGGCAUCUUUAGUUCUUUCCGAUCUCGGGAAGCUCAACAUCUUCAACGGAGCUGUGUCUAUGGGUGUCUUCGUAGCCAUCGUUCCCUUCUUGGUCGGGUGCAACCUUCUCCAGCGCUUUCAGCAAGCAGAAUCGGCUAAGUUGGCCUUGUACGUACUGUUGGUUCUGGGAUUGAUUGGCAGCGUGCUUGCCCUCAUCCUCGAUGACAACUAUGCCAAGGAGCUUGCAUCUGUCUGUGCGUGGCCAGCCGCGAAGCUGUCUGCCCAAUGA